AAUGCUCCUAUAAUUUAACUACUACGUCUACUGAAAACACAUAAUGGACUUUCAUGAUGAAAAAAAAAAUUGGUAAAAUCACCGUAUGUCUUUUUACAUAAAUUAUUGUCCUGUAAAUACAUUUUUGGGGAAAUGUAUAUUUCAUAAAUUUUACAAUGUAUACAGAGGAUCCCUAAGGAACAAACGCGCAAAGCAUAUUUUCUCUCGCACUAAAGUGAAAUGUGAGUCAGUUUUUGAAUGCAGCGAGCAUUUAAACAUCACAAUUAUGUUCAGUUGCUUUAGCUAAGACUACCAAGUUCUUUAAUUUAAGCAGAAUCAGCAUACGAAUCCUUUUAUUCGCAAUGUACAAAAAGUAUAAGGUACUUGUUUUGGUACAGGCGGUGGCAUGAACAUACAAUUUGAAGAUACUGUAAAAACAAAAAUACACAAAAAAUACAUGGAAUAAAAACAGAAAUAGCAAAAUUAAAGUGCGCUAUUAAUAAAUAAAUAAAAACAUUCAUUUGAGGUUAUCUAAAUUUCAUAUGAUUUCUAAAUACAGCACAUUUGGGCUAUUUUAGUAAAAUGAAUUUUAUGUUAUUAUACACUGUUGCUAUUUUCUGAUGUAUACUGGCAUAUUUUGUUAUAUAUUAUUCUGUUACAUUUAAAUAUGACGAACUAUGCAUAUCACGAAAUAUGAUAAUAUAAUGCCAUGGGAGUAUAGCAAGCUCAGGACUGUUUGCGCCAUGUAAAUUAGAGAGGAUGGGAGAGGGUUAACCGACCAGAACCCGAUCUUAUCACACUUCUGGUAAUCUGAUUUAUGAAAGUAAUACUGGAAAAAAAACAAGGCAAAUACUUCUUUUCUGAUGCCCCCGCAGAGCAGUACAGUGUCACAUGCACAGUAGCGGAGCUGACAAGAAGGCUGGGUUUGGCGAAGAGGUAUUUCGGACUCUGCCCCUCCGCACAUUUCUUAAUUUCUUGGGGUCUAGCGUCUGAGACUCGUGAUUAUAAUGUAAAUCAUCAUCUAAGUGGAGAGGAACAUGACAACCGAACGUCAGCAAAGUUACUUCGAGCGGCUCCAGUAUCCGCGCUCCAUAGCUCUUGGCUUCACGAAGGACCAAGCCGGCGCAUCCUUCCGGGAUGCUUUUGGGGUGCCCUUCCACUUUGAGCCCGCUUACCUGGAUCCCAGCUGCUGUCACGGCUACACCGGGCGCUUUUCCUACUUGCAGUUCCCCGGACAUUUGGGCGUGUACGAUUGUUCAUUCGAACCAGCGUUCAUCCGCAAGCGAAACGAAAGGGAGAGACAGCGAGUUCGGUGCGUCAACGAAGGUUACGCACGACUCCGGGAGCACCUCCCGCAGGAGUUUGAGGAUAAGAGACUCAGCAAAGUGGAGACGCUUCGCGCGGCGAUAAAUUACAUAAAACAUUUGCAGAGAGUCUUGGAGCUGCACGUGUCUGACGCGAAGGAUGGACUGCGGUCGCCGGGAAACGUGCGAAGUCCACCCAGGGUGCUGCACCAAGCAGAAUGCAACAGCGACGGGGAGUCCAGAAACAGCCUGAGCGACUGUGGGGAAACAAACUGUUAAAGCAAAUCGAAUUAGUAAACAUUUAAAAUAAAAGCUGUUUGUGAUAGCAAUGGCGCAGCAGGCUAUUUACAAUAGCGAGGGGUAACGGCUAUGAUUUUUGUGCAGCAUUGUACAUGUGUCAGCAUUUAGUGUCAGAUAAGACAUCCUGUUUAUUUGUAAUUCAUAAUGUAAGACGGCAUUGAUUCAGUGACAUCUAUAAAUAUGAUGGUAACUCAGGGCGCAUAUUUCCUAAUGUCGAACAGUGACAGUGUAAAAUAAUGAAAAAUAUGAGUUCGUCUAAUCGAGUUUAUUAAGUCUAUGAGGUUUUGUACAUUUCUUUACUAUGUCGACUAUACGGGAAAUCCUAAUCUCCGCUUUUGAUUAUCUUCGUACGAUAUUUCCAACCUGCUGUGAUUUCAGUUCAUACUGGAUGUCAGGGGCACGAUAAAAGUGCCGGGGGGGGGGGGGGGGGGGAUUUGGACCAUUAAUAGAUUGACCUGGGUUGGAGGCCCAAUAUGAUACGCUUUCAUUGGGCACCCCUAAUCAGAGUAUCAGAUGCUGUAUCACUUGAUUGUAUUGCAGAUUGUUAGGUUGGACUAAACAUCUAGAUUUACAUUGUCCUUUAUGAGGCAAUAAUACAGACCUACGUAUGUUACUGUUUUUCAUAGCCAUAUAGAUAGAUAGAUAGAUAGAUAGAUAGAUAGAUAGAUAGAUAGAUAGAUAGAUAGAUAGAUAGAUAGAUAGAAGGCUCAAAGAAGAAGUUCAAGUAUACAUGCAUACUGUAUAUACAGGCUGUAUAAAUAGGCGGGAAUACAAAAAUGCUUGGGGGCAUAGCUAAUAAAAAUAGAUUGUCAGUUAAUAAAUUCUCGCUUUUAUGUAGGCUAUGCGAUACAUGUUUUCAUUGAGGCGGUUACGCUGUUAAACAGCCACAAACACAAAAGUAUCACUUUUGUUUUGCUCAGGUAUUGAAAACAAAUAAAAGCAUCUAAACGUUGA